CUAAGUGCGUUUGCCAAACGUGAAUGCAAACCUGCAUGGUACAUUUGAGACUAACUAACCCAAACUUGCAUGCCUGCCGCUGCCCCAGAUCUGAGCUACUCUAACUCGCAUCCUGCCUUGUGAUUAGAACCUGAUUGACUUAUUCAUGGGGAAGCUGCCGGGGGUCCACUCUCUGGCUGGUUUCCCUGAGUGUCAACAAGAUGCCUGAAUAGAAUGUCGGGAAGCUGCGCGUGUAGCUGACAUCCAGUGGGGCAGAUCGAUUGAUCUCGCUGAAUCUUCUUAGCAGCUACAGCAAGUUGGGGUUUGCUUGGUGUCCUAUCUUGGUUUGUUUAUGCUCUGUGUCUCAUAUCAAGUUGAUGAACGGACAUGCAUCCAGUUUGCUAUGAAACUGUUCUACUUUCUGAUGAGUGCUCUAAGCCUGAUUGUCUGUGUGCUGGCAGUGGCCUUCGCUGCCCAUCACUACUCCCAGCUCACACAACUGAUCUGCAAAAACACUCUCGAUUCCUGCCAGUGCAAAAUGCCCACAUCAGAUCCACUCAGCAGGGCCUUUGUUUACCAGGAUGUCAGUGACUGUACCAGCAUCACCAGCACUUUCAAACUCUUCCUACUCAUCCAGAUGGUUCUCAACUUGCUCUGUGCCUUGGUGUGCUUGCUGGCAUGUUUCAUGAUGUGGAAACAUAGAUACCAAGUCUUUUAUGUGGGUGCCCGGUUGUGCUCCCUAACUACCUCUGAAGGCCAACAGCAGAAAGUCUAAUUUUUUUCAUUAAAGAUGCGGGGAAGAAACAAUAAUUUACCAAAAUUCUGGGCAAAUUGAAGACCUAAGAGUUAAACAGUAACAACAGCAUUUUUUGGCAUUGACUAAUGUGCAUAGGAUCUCAAUGAAUAUAUUUUUAUAUAUUUCAGUGAUACUAUUUCUAUUGCAGAAAAUUUUGAUGGGAAAAAAAAUCUAGAAAACUAUAGGAUUGUAAAAGUAUAGCUCAACAGAUUAUCCCAAUAAAGCCAAAUCCUGCUUAUCUACAAUGGGUAAGGAAAAUAGCAAUCAUUAAAAUCUGAAUCUAUUCCUUAACUGUCAUUUUACUCAAUAGCUUUAGGCUUUUUAGGCAACUAGGUGGCAUAGUAGAUAGAGUG